AGAAAUCUGUCUGUGUACAAGUCAUUCCAGUAAAAGAAUAUGUAAAAGACAAAAUGGAUAGUGCAAGAGAGGAACAUCAUAUAUGUUUGGUGUGUAGAAAAUCAUUUAGACGAAAGUUCAGUUUAAAUGUACAUAUGCGUAUUCACACAGAAAAAUCUCAUGUAUGUGAAGUAUGUCAAGCGUCAUUUAAUCAGAAAAAGAUACUAAGCAGGCACAUGCUUAUUCACACAGGAGAGAAACCUCAUGUAUGUGAGGUAUGUAACAAUUCAUUUAGACAACUGAAAACAUUAAAUGAUCAUAUAUUGAUUCACUUAGGAAAGAAAGAUCAUGUGUGUGUGGUGUGUGGAAAGUCAUUUAGACGAAAGUUUACUUUAAAUAUGCAUAUGCGUAUUCACACAGGAGAGAAACCUCAUGUAUGUGAGGUAUGUAGCAAAUCAUUUAGACAUACGAAAACAUUAUAUGAUCACAUGCUUAUUCACUUAGGAGAGAAAGCUCAUGUGUGUCUGGUAUGUAAUAAAUCAUUUAGAGGAAAGCGAAUAUUAAAUGGUCAUAUGCUUGUUCACACCCAAGAGAAACCUCAUGUAUGUGAGGUAUGUAACAAGUCAUUUAGAUAUAAGAAUUCAUUAAACAAACAUAUGUUAAUUCACACAGGACAGAAAGCUUAUGUGUGUAUGGUAUGUAGCAAAUCAUUUAGAGAAAAGGGAACGUUAAAUGAUCAUAUGCUUGUUCAUACACAAGAGAAACCUCAUAUGUGUGAGGUAUGUAACAAGUCAUUUAGACUAAAGAAUACUUUAAAGAAGCAUGUCCUUAUUCACAGUGGAGAGAAACCUUACGUAUGUGAGAUAUGUGACAAGUCAUUUAGACAAAAAGGGCAUUUAAGAGUACAUCUGCUUAUUCACAUGAAGGAAUAACCUCAAAUGUAUCAUUUUGCAUGACAUCAUAUUGGACAGAACACAGUUGAGGAGUCCCUGUAGCAGUCGAUACCACUCCUGCAGCAAAGUUGUUUUUAACUCCAAGAAGGUCCUCGAAGGUAGAUGGCAAGAUCAGGCUGAAUCUGG